ACCAUUGAACGCGGGCUUACCAUAGCAUUUGAGUAUUUACUCAACUAGAUUAGCUUAUUUAACAUUGCCCAUCCAAGAUUGCACAGACACAGUUAUCAUUCCUCGCUGUUUACGUGAAUAUCUGACUACUUUUUGUUGAUUUUUGAGCUCGAAAACAAGCUAAGGUAUGAUUUGACCUCGCUGCAUAUUUUAAUGUCAUUGUUCAGUGAUUGGCUCGAGCUCCAAGUUUUUCUUUACUGGCUUCUUUCUUAGGGAAAAUCCUUCCCAUAUAUUCAUCUCAGGUCUUUGGAGUUUCUUCCGUCUUUUAGUGGCUUCCUACUUUGGUUAAUGUCCUAAUGGUUUUUUGAGCAUUGUUUUCUUUGGCCGUCACUUACCGAGUCCCAUACCGUGGAGCCGUACCGUGAAUGAUCAACAUUUCGUUGUCUACAAAUAAGGUUACCUGCUUAAAUUACAGCGUAAAAAAUUGAAUUCGUAUACCUAAGCGAAGGUUAGAGAACUUAUUGUUCUCGUCAAAGAUAUUCCGAACUAAUAAUUUAAACAUUUUAGCAGUGAAUUUGGAGUAUUUUUAGCAUGGUCCCGUUGAAGCAGUUUUGUAGGUGUGUGGUUGUAGUUUGGUUGGCGUUAUUUUGUUCUACAUCAAGAUCAGCGCCUCUAACUGAAUCCAUAGUCAAAUCCUGGUCAGAAAAAGUAGAGCAGUAUCUAUUGAAACUUGCCGAAGAAGGCUUAAAGUCGAAGGAAUUGCAGGAAUACUACGAUAGUGCGGUUUAUACAGUGGAAAACAAGAAGGGGUCGGAAACAGUCAGUUCCGUCAAAUCAAGAUUGGGAGACUAUUUUGUCAAAAAAGAACAAGCUGCUCGCAAAGUUGCAGAGCAAGUUCAGCGUUUGCAUGAUGAAUUUUAUACUAAUGCAACAUUGCAAGAGAAGGCCAAAGUGAAAUAUUUAAAGGACUUGGGGAAAAAAUACUAUGCUGAUAAGGAUAUCGUUAAAACACUACCUUAUUUGGAUUUUAACACGCUAUUUAAGCUAAGGGUUAGUAAAGAGCAGAGUGCUGUCAAGAUUUCUGAUCAAAUUGUAAGAAAUGAAGCAAAACUCAUUGAGACUGUCUUUUGGUCUUCUGCAUUGGAUGAAAUUUUCAAGAAGAACUUAGAAGAAGAUCCAGAACUAAGGUGGCAAAACUUUGGUUCAGUAGAAGGUGUGCUACGGCAGUACCCCAGCAGUGAAUGGCAGACCAACUUUGCUGGCUUCCACAUUGAUUAUGAUCCUCGUAUGAGACCUUGGUACAUUGGUGCUACAUCAGGACCCAAAGAUAUCGUCAUUGUUCUUGACUGUAGUCUGUCAAUGAAAGGGAAAAGGCUUACCAUGGCUAAAGAAGUUGCUAAAACUGUUCUCAAUACCUUAACAAAGCAAGACUUUGUCAAUGUUAUUUGUGGACAUGCUAGUAACUGGGAUGAAGUUGGAAAAUAUUAUGAAUAUGACACAGAGGUACUAAGUUGUCAAAAAGAUCGUCUUGUGCCAGCAUCUACUUCACACAAGAAAGACCUGAUAGAAAAGAUUGAUAACCUCAAGGCUGGUGGUACAAGUGAGCUCAAGAAAGCAUUCAAGAUAGCCUUCAAUCUCCUGCAAGGAAGAGCCAAGACUGGAUGCCAGAGCAUCAUUAUUUUUGUGACUGAUGGAUUGGAUAACGAUGGAGAUCCAGUACGCUGUGGAACAGGUUACUAUACACGGAGUGGUUAUGUCCCUGGUCAGUUGUGUAAAUAUAACUGGAAUGAUGUCUGGGAUGAAGUGGAAAAACUGAACAAAUAUGUCAUUCCUAAGAGUCGUAUUUUCUCUUACCUGACAAAUGACAAUGGUGGUGAGCAAUUCCCAGGUAAACUAGCCUGCGACAAUAAUGGCUACAUGAAGAAGCUGGUUGAAACUGAAAACAUCAUAUCCCAGAUGCAGGACUAUUACAGCUUCUUGGCGUCAAACACCAUCAGUAUUUUAAACAAUGUUACAUGGACAUCACCUUACCUGGAUGCCUCUGGUUUAGGGUUGAUGGUGACUGUUGCGAUACCUGUUAUUAGCAAGUUAACAAACAAAACUAUUGGAGUUGUUGGUAUUGAUGCUACACUGGAGGAGAUUGAGAAUGUCUUAUUGAAUGAUCAGUGGGGGUCUGUGUAUGCCUUCUUAAUCAACAAUGAGGGAGAGACAAUAUUUCAUCCACUGCUGCGACCCAGCACUGAGCUCGUAGAUGAUCCAAUAUUUAUUCAAAUCAGUGACCUUGAACAGAGAAAUGGCAUACCAAAAGAAUUCACUAAAGUCAAAGAUGACAUGAUCAACGGCAAGACUGGAUACCUUAAAAUAGAAGAUGCAAUACGCAGUAUACCCAAGGGGGACUUCCAGGAUGGGGUAGUCCUUGAGAAGACACCAUCGACAUACUACUAUACCUCGAUAAGUGAUUCAGUCUAUGCCUUUGCAUUCAACCUAGCAGACUCUGAUGAGCAAUUUCGGCAUCCACUUAGGCCCAAUGUCACCUCAGAUUUGCCAACAAACUAUCAUAAUAACAUUGAAGGAUAUGAUUCUCCUGAGGUUAAGAAGGAGCUUGGAGAUCUGUACAGAAACCUUGGUGUGGAGUAUAACCUGGCUAAGUACCCAAAUAUCCACAUCACAAAAGAUCACACUACCGUCAUGCUUGCACCCAAGUGCUUCUGUCAUCCUAAUGACUAUUUGUUCCAUUAUAACAUGACAAGCAUCAUUGUACAGGGACACAAGCUUAUAAAURACAUGUCGGCAAAUAUUGGGUGCCCUAAUGGCAUGUAUAGCACAGCAGUGAG